AUGUUCAACAAGGAGGAGAGAACAGCUGUUAAGAAGGAUAUCAAAGCUUGGUUUGGGCAGCACAGUCGCAAAAGAAGCCAAAAAAUGCCUAAGUUGGGUCAGCAGUGGCAUGCCCGACGUGUGUUCCAGCAUGAGAAUAAGGAAGCCAUUGAUACCGAGGCUACCAAGCUCUGUGUAGAAGCCAACCAAGCCAGCGACACCCAGCCUAAGGGGGGAGAAAGGACUCAUUUUGAUUUUCGGGAGCGGGUGGUCACUACAAUGAUGGAGAAACUUACAAAGAAAGAGGUAAAAAGGUUAGAGAGGACAGCCGAGGAGUUCAACAAGAAGGGGGUGGACCCCGAACUCAAGUCAAAGUUGGCUGUGAAGAACUGCACUGCUCAGAUGCAUGCCUUUUCCAAGGAGAUUUAUGACACAAUGGGUGUCCGGGUCUUUAUAUUUGGCUGUUACCUGAACCCCGAUGGCACUUUGGAUGUCUCAACCUACGACUUCAAUCAAGAACUGGGCAAUGGAAAGGACUACAUCAAUAGCCAAGGCCAGAGUUUCCAAGAAGAUGGAAUAACAGUAGCUUCUUGGAGAGCACAUAAUGAGGACCACUAUGGGUCUCAUGAGUUGACUUCGGCUGAGGGAGGACACUGA